GUGGCAGUCGAUAUGGAAUUUGCAAAAAACAUGUAUGAGUUGCACAAGAAGGUGUCUCCUAGCGAGAUCAUCUUGGGCUGGUAUGCAACGGGUCAUGACAUCACAGAACACUCUGUCCUGAUCCAUGAAUAUUACAGCCGGGAAGCGCACAAUCCAAUCCACCUCACUGUGGACACGAGUCUCCAGAAUUCACGCAUGAGCAUUAAAGCCUACGUCAGUGCCCCAAUGGGAGUCCCUGGUAAAACUAUGGGCGUGAUGUUCACACCUCUAACAGUGAAAUAUGUUUAUUAUGAUACGGAGCGGAUAGGAGUGGAUCUUAUCAUGAAGACUUGUUUUAGCCCUAAUCGAGUGAUUGGCUUGUCCAGUGACUUACAGCAGGUGGGGUCAGCGUCAGCCAGGAUUCAGGAUACCCUGACCAUGGUGCUCCAGUAUGCAGAGGAUGUAUUGUCUGGCAAAGUGGCUGCUGACAACACUGUGGGGCGAUUCCUGAUGGAUCUUAUUAACCAGGUGCCAAAGAUUUCACCAGAGGACUUUGAGACGAUGUUGAACAGCAAUAUCAAUGACCUACUGAUGGUAACCUACUUGGCAAACCUCACACAGUCACAGAUUGCUCUCAACGAAAAACUUCUGAGUUUAUAAAGAAACUUCUGCCACCCUACACUUCAGCGAGCCUGAAGAAUGAGCAGAUAUGCUUUUCUAUGGUGGUGCUGCAAAUGUCCUUGGACCCUAAUUUAAUUACCUAGAUGACUUGGGUUACAUCUUUAUUUCCAUUGCCCCUGAAAAAUCCCCAAGAUGGUUUAAGAAAUAAAUGGGAACAGCUGCAGCUUAGUUGAGCCCAAUAUUUUAAAAUGGAAUACAUGAAUCUCUUGUUUCUUGGAUUUAUCUACUUGUAUAACAAAAUACAGCAUUUAUUGUAAGAAUGUAUUUGAAAUAAAAGUUCCAUUGCAAUGGCAAGAA